AUGGAUGCUCAUUUCGAGCGUCGUCUUCUCCUUUCAAUGAACGGUCAAAGCUCAUUGCAAUCUUUAUCGCCAUUCAAAAGUCCACUUCAAUCACCGCUUAAAACAAGUGAUCGAUACAUUCCAUUUCGAUCUUCAUUAACCGUAUCAAAUCUUCACUAUCAAAUAAAUACCCAAACAGCUACGUCACCCAAUCAAACAUGUCCAACAUCACCAAAUAAAAAACGUAAAUAUGAACAUAAUCAAAUUGGUCUUGGUUCUGGUGUAACAGCAAGUGAAACCGAUUUGGCUGUCUAUCGACAAUUAUUACAAAAUACUCUGUUGAAUACCAACGUGGAUUCAAUUUUAAAUAUGUCUGAUGUACAAAAUAUGAAUAAUCAAGAAAAUUGUAAAACAGUAUCAACAAAAAAAUCUUCCAUAAACAAAGAAAAUUCAUCGGUAUCAUUAUCAUCAACACCAAUAUUUCGUUAUUGUGAACGGGUAGAAAAUUCUACAUCAACAUCAUCACUAAUUAAUAAACAUCAUUUUACACGUUCACCUCUACCAAAUGCAUCUGUUCAUUUACUUUAUUCGCCGAAGAAAUCCAUUCGACGUAUACCUAAAGUUCCGUACAAAGUCUUGGAUGCACCAGAUUUACAUGAUGAUUUUUAUUUGAAUUUAAUCGAUUGGUCAUCGUCGAAUGUUCUAAGUGUUGGCUUAGGAGCGUGUGUAUAUUUAUGUAAUGCUCAGUCGAAUAAUGUUCAACUUCUAUGCGAUCUUACACAUACACAAUUACCAUCAGGAAGCGGUAGUCAAUCGAGUAUCGUCGGAUCGGAUACAGUUACAUCGGUAGCAUGGGCUGAUUGGUCGAAUAUAUUAGCUGUUGGUACUAAUCGUGGUCAUGUACAUAUUUACGAUGUUACAACUCAAAAACGUUUACAAUCAAUGUGUAAACAUACCAGUCGUGUUGGUACAUUAGCUUGGAAUGAUUGGGCAUUAUGUUCUGGUUCGCGUGAUCGUUCAAUAAUUGAACAUGAAAUUCGUCAACAAUCAGCUGUACAUGUAUUUCAUGGUCAUACGCAAGAAGUGUGCGGUCUUAAAUGGUCACCAGAUAAAUCUAUAUUAGCCAGCGGUGGAAAUGACAAUCGUCUAUUUCUUUGGUCAAAAAGUCAACCAGCACAACCAUUACAUUCAUUCAAUGAUCAUUUAGCUGCUGUUAAAGCCAUUGCAUGGUCGCCGCAUCAACAUGGUUUGAUGGCAUCGGGCGGCGGCACAGCUGAUCGACACAUACGUUUUCGUUCAUCAUUAACAUGUCAAACAUUGAAUGUGUGCGAUACAGGCUCUCAAGUAUGUCAAUUAGUAUGGUCGAAAAAUUCUCCUAAUGAACUUGCAUCAACACAUGGUUAUUCUCAAAAUCAAAUUGUGGUUUGGAAAUAUCCGGUUAUGCAGCCCUUAGCGAAAUUGUUUGGUCAUCAACAACGUGUUCUCUAUUUGGCGAUGAGUCCAGAUGGCGAAUCUAUUGUAACAGGUGCUGGUGAUGAAACUCUUCGAUUUUGGAAUGUAUUUGCUAAAGCGAAAUGUGUAAGAAAUCCAGACUCGAAAUUAAAUGGACUCAAUCGAAUGCGAUAA